CUGGGAACCAGGCGCCCGCUGCCAAGAUGCUGGAGCUGUUGGUGGCAUCUCUAGCCCUGGGGCUCGCCUUCUUUGCGCUGCUGGAUGGCUGGUACCUGGUGCGCGUGCCGUGUGCCGUUCUGCGUGCACGCUUGCUUCAGCCGCGGGUCCGCGACUUGUUGGCGGAGCAGCGGUAUGCCGGCCGGGUGCUGCCGUCGGACCUGGACCUGCUGCUGCACAUGAACAAUGCGCGCUACCUGCGCGAGGCGGAUGUGGCGCGCGCCGCGCACCUGACCCGCUGCGGUGUGCUGGGGGCGCUGCGCGACUUGAGCGCGCACACGGUGCUGGCCGCCUCGUGCGCGCGCUAUCGCCGCUCGCUGCGCCUGUUUGAGCCGUUCGAGGUACACACGCGACUGCUAGGCUGGGACGACCGCGCCUUCUACCUGGAGGCGCGCUUUGUCAGCCUACGCGAUGGUUUCGUGUGCGCCUUGCUGCGUUUCCGGCAGCAUGUGCUGGGCACCUCGCCGGAUCGAGUAGUACAGCACUUGUGCAAGCGCAGGGUGGAACCCCCUGAGCUGCCAGAAGACUUGAAGCAUUGGAUCACCUACAAUGAGACCAGCAGCCAGCUGCUCCGUGCUGAGAGUGGCCUCGGUGACAGAAAGGACCAGUGACUGCCACAUCUGCACCCUCCCUGCCCUGCCUGUCAGCCACUCCAUUCCACGGAAUGGACCACCUGGGGUGCGCUCCUAACCAGAAUGGCCUUGGACAAGCCUGGCUUUUUUCUUUCUUUCUUUCUUUCUUUCUUUCUUUCUUUCUUUUCUUUUUUUUUUUAAACCCGCUUGACACUCCCCUGUGCUUGCCCCAUUUGGGGCAGCUGGUGGGGUGGACAUUGUUGUUCCCGGCCCAGCUCUGCCUCCUGGGUCCCUAUAGCAAGACUGUUCUGGUGUACCCAGAUGCACAGGAUCCUGGAGUAGAAGGGCCAGCAGAACCCAAAGUCAGGGCUGCUUAUGGCUAAGCAGGCCAGAGUAGUCCUGGGUGUGGAUGGGGCCUGCAGUUUACUCAGGGACAGUGGACCAGCUGAAGGGUCACUUUAUAGCAGGGAAGCUAGGCCAGAACCAGCCCAAGGGCCCCUGAGAACACAGAAGGGCAAGUGAACACUGGUCGUUGACUAAGAUUCUGGUGAUACCCACCACCCUUAAGAGGAUAAACCCUGUCUAGGCAGGUCACCAAGGCAAGGAGCCCUGGCGUAGGGGGUCCCAUGACUAUGCCUAGCACCUGUCCUGUCAGCUCAGGGAGAGGCCAGCUGCUUGAAGCUAGGAACUGUCUCCUUGCUACCUCUCUGGGAAACACACCUGGAGCCAGAGCCAAGAGCUUCAGUGAUGCCCUGACCCCCUCCUGCACCCCCACUCUCACCCCCACCUCCACCCCCACCCCCACGCUGCUAUGCUUGCCUUAGUGCUAUCAAGGGGAAAGCUGCAAUCCGUUUUAUUUAAAGAAAGCACAAGAUUAAAAGAGUUCUCAAGGCAUGUA